AUGUUUUUGGCUAACUCGUCUUCAGGAAAUUCAUCUACCUCCACCUUAGCCACCAAAAGUGAUUCGUGCUCGUCGAUUGGUGACGAAACGACAUUAAAAAGUGUUCAUACUGCGGCCUACUGUAUAGUACUUCUACUCUCGUUGUUUGGAAACUCUAUGAUCAUUCUGAUAGUGUACAGGAACCAGCGUAUGUGGACCACCUCUAACUACCUCAUCGUCAACAUGGCCGCGUCAGAUCUUCUUCUGCCAUUUUUCGCGGUACCCAGGAUGAUUGUCGAGGUACUGGUAGGCAAGGAGAGGUGGUUGAUCGCGGGGACAGGGGGUCUUGUGCUGUGCAAACUCGCCUAUUUUCUACAAGACGUGUCCACUGCGGUUUCCGUACAGAGUCUUCUUGCUAUAACAGCGGAAAGGUUUUACGCCGUGAAGUUUCCAUUAAAGGCUGCGGCAAUGAAGUCAAAGAUCAGAUAUGUCAUUCCCAUUAUAUGGUUCACAGCAAUGGCUCUCCAUGCACCAUAUCUUCAAGUGUUUCAACUGCACAUGACCCACGGAGAUUUAUAUUGCGUUCAGAGGUGGACCAUGUCAUCUAAAAGCAAAUUUAUCUACUUUGUUUUAAUUCUUAGUUUGGUGUUUGGAUUCCCGUUGAUUACAAUCAUAGUUUUGUAUGCGGGGAUUGUUUACAAAUUAUUUCGCCAAAAAGUGCCGCCCGGAGCCAGAAACUCCAUCACCCAGAAACAGCAAAACAGGCGUGCAAGACAAAAUAAGAACGUCCUCAGAAUGGCUGUUACUGUUGUGGUGAUCUUCUUUUUAUGUUUUUCACCGUUGGUCAUUCUCGCAUUGCUUCUGAUCACACAAAGCAUAGGAAAAUGUAAAGCCGAGACAUUUCGCAUCAUCGCCAAAUUUCUGGCUCAGUCAAACUGUGCCAUGAAUGCUUUUGUUUAUUAUGCUUUUAAUUCGCAGUUUCGGCGGGGAUUUAUUUCUAAUUUAAGAACCAUUUUUUGCCUAGGUUGUAAGGGAGAAGACCGAAUCGGGAUAAACGUAAGAUAUUCUAUCUCGAGUCAAAGGAUUUCCCUCUUAUCAGGAAAAAGGAAACGCACUUGGUCUGGAAGGCAACCAUCGGAAACAUAG